AUAAACAGCCUAAAUUAGCUCCCAAAUUAAAAAGCCUCUCCUUUUCCCCUUCAUACUCUUCUUCGUUUUCUUCCCUAAUCCGACAACCUCCGCUUCCUUAGUUCUCCUCUGUGUCUCAAAUCAAUUUCACAAUUAAUAUCUGCGUUCCAAUGGAAUCCAGUAUGAUCGCUCGAUUGACAUAAUGGUAAUUGGCACCUGACUUGAUGUUGCUGAAAAUCCUCGAUGGUAAGAAAAGACGGACCGAAUAUGAAUGCUAGUGGAACACAAGGUACUUUAUUAACUAACACCAACCCCGAAAGCUAUAAUGGCAUUAUGACUCGCCGUCUAAAGAACAGAGAACGACAGCGUAGAUAUAGGGCCAGAAAGCGACUUGAAGCAGACAAGCAGAAAUCUAAUGUCAUAAGUCAACCAACCAUACCAAAAAUGGAGUUGCAACUAAAUGGGACCCUUAACAAUGGGACGGCUUGUGUUUAUUAUUGUAAACGGGAUUGGAAAAAGGAUGCUAGAAGAGCUCAUAUAUUCAAGGGUCAAGACACUCUAAAUGCUUCUAUCCAGUCUACUCUUAAAACUACUGUUGAAAGCCAAAUAUCAUGCUUGUCCCCUGGGGUUAGGGAUGAAGGAUCUGCAGGAAGAGAGUGCAAUUUAGAGAAUUCUGGUAGCUUGCACAACAGUGAAACUAGGAAUCCUAAGCUUGGCCGAAGAGACUGGAAAGCAGAAGCUAGAAAGAAGAAGAGUUGAGUUGGUUUUACCCAGCUGUUUUGUAGAAUAAAUGUAUCACAAGUACAAAAUCAAACGGUGGAUAGCGAUUGUGUGGUUUGCUGACUACAACUCAUGGUGUGGUAAGUCGGUUUGUUGCUGCAUUUAGGAAGAGCUUUUAUUGUUUUGUGAACUUUUUCGGUUUCAGAUGACUGCAUAGUAUAUAUAUCCAACGUGAACUAUUGUGUGCAAACUUUAUUUCAGAAUAGAAUGCUUUACAGAAGUGGGAGAGUAUUGCA